CCACCACCUCCUCCUCCUCCUCUCCAUGCCGGCGGAGGCAGCAGACUCCGCGGGGCUGCCAUGGCGAAGAUCCGGGUGUCGUAUGAGUACUCGGAGGCCGAGGACAAGAGUAUCCGACUGGGCUUGUUCCUGAUCGCCUGCGGGAUCCUGAGCCUCUUCAUCCUGGGCUUCUGCUGGCUCAGCCCGACGCUGCAGAGUCUCCAGAGCAAGCCGGCCAACUGCACGGUUGUGUCUGUGCUGCGUCCAGAGGAAAUGUUCGAGUGCGUGUUCACGUGUGGCGCCGACUGUAAGGGGACGUCACUGUAUCCCUGCCUCCAGAUCUUUGUCAACAACUCGGAGUCCAACUCUGUGGCGCUGCUGCACUUUGAUGAGCAACAGCUGGUCCUCAACCCAAAGUGUUCGUACGUUCCUCCCUGUGAGCGAGACAACCAGAAGAAUAAAGACAGCGUCCUGUGGUGGGAGGAUUACUUCACCAAGGAGGUCAGCAGCCAGUCGUUCACCUGCUUCUUUAACCAGCAGAGGAGACCCGAUGACGUUCUGUGGCGCCGCUCCCACGACACCAGCGUCCUGUUGCACUGUGUCCUCUGGCCCAUGGUGUCGCUCCUGCUCGGCACACUCAUCGUGCUCCUGACGGUGUGCGCUCGCUCCCUCGCCGUCCGAGCUGAGGCCCUCCAGAAGAGGAAGUGCUCCUACGAGGUCUGCCAGGACUUUUCCGCUGCGGCGUCUGCGGACCGCCGCGCCGCCAAGGCGUGCGACCCAGCCUCGACGAACUCUGACCCCGAGCUGUCGUCGCCCUCGAGGACCCUGCCACUGUUUGCGGUGCCGGUGCGACGUCGCGAUCGGGAACACUAGGACGGAACGGAAAGUGUUUUUUUUUCCCACGUCAACACGUUGACUCUCUAGAGAUGCUGACGAGCCGGUGGGCGAAGAAGUCGAGUCAUCCGAGGCUGAGGGCGUCAACGACGACCCGCUGCAAGUCUGGUAUGGUUUGUACCAUCAAAACAACGAGAGGUGACUAUGGGAAGUAAACGAGGAGACGUUUCACGCUGUUCCCUGUAGAUCUGAGUAGAUCUUUAACUUCAGCGAGGACCUUUCGGAUGAGACGAACCCUGCAAUUGCGUGUUCUCCUGUUCUAGAGUUGUCUCAGGUGGUUCUUCACCGGACACUUGGCUCUGUUAUUGAACAUCAGGAUUGACUCUUUACCGACUCCUUAACUGUAGCUCCUCCUAUUAACGUAGUUUACAUUUGAGUCCAAGUAGCCAUAAACGUGUAAAUAGAGCCAAAGUCGUUGUUGUCAGGUUUUAGCAUCCAUCCCUUCACCUUUUUAUGAGUCAGUGAAACCUGUAACAGAGGGUUUCCUUUCACUACUUUUCCUUUGUGUUUACUCUUAAUUUCACUAAAACACCUUGCGUCUUG